UCUCCGGCAGCGUCGUCUCCGGCAGCGUCGUCUCCGGCAGCUUCGUCUCCGGCAGCGUCGUCUCCGGCAGCGUCGUCUCCGGCUACCUCGUCUCCCGCCGCCUCGUCUCCCGCCGCCUCGUCUCCCGCCGCCUCGUCUCCCGCUGCGCCGGCGGCGGCUGCCUCUCCUGCCGCGGCGGCGACCGCAUCUCUCCCGGCGGCGGCGGCGUCCCUGGCGGCGGCGGCGGCGUCCCUGGCGGCGGCGGCGGCGUCCCUGGCGGCGGCGGCGGCG